AUGUCGAGCCACCAUCACACAUCCCAUUCGAACUGCUGGAAACACACCGCAGACGAGCGGAUUGGCCUCAUUGCCGAGAGGCUUAAGGGGAAUGACGAUAUUAGAAACAAGCUCCCCGGUCUCCGCGACAUCCUAAAGGACUAUGUCGAUCCUGAUGUACCCGUUGCACCGGCAGACUUCCAUCGGCGCCUGCUUCGUGUCUUCAGGGACUCGGACGCCGAUUUCUCCUACCAGGAGUGCCUCUUGAAGUUGACUGAGGAUGAAAGAGACCGUAUCGAGAAGUUUGUCGCCGACGACCAGCCGCUCGACGAUGUCUCGCGCGACUUUGAUAUGUGUGUGAGUAUAGGGGUCCGUGAGCAUCUGCAACAUCUCACCGGCGUGGACUGCGCGUGGAUCUCGUCGGAAGGCGUCCAGACGCUAGCGGCGGCAGCUUCCAAGGUGGUGCACGGAGCUGGUGCUGACACGGUCCAUUUCCAAAACUGGGGCCUCGGCGUCGAGUAUGUACCGCAGUACACAUGCAUCCCCAACUCGGUUGCUGGCGUGCAGCGCAUCGUCAAGUACGCCAAGCAACACGAUAUGGGUGUCCGUUGUGCCGGGUUUCGUCAUUCGUGGGCGCCCAUCUUCGGUCGUCAGGGGCAGAUCACCAUCUCCCUUCUGAGCCUGGCAGAAGCGACCAAGAUCCCCAACUUCACCGCACUCUCCAAGAUUCUCCCAAACUGGCUCCUCGACAAGAAUGAACUGCAGUCCAUCGAAGUCGUGUCUGGCACUCCUCGUGUGAAGGGUAACGCCUUGGUGCGCGUAGGAGUCAGCACAACCAACGAGCAGCUUCGACGUUGGUGCGUCGAGAACAACAAGUACACCUACCCACUCAACGUGAUCAUGGUUGAGAUGACCGUGGGCGGUACAAACGCACCCAUCUGCCACGGAGCCGGCCGGCGUCAUGCAACGCUCAGUGAUCUCGUCCGCAAGGUUGAGUACGUCGACUGCAAUGGUAAACUGCGGGCCGUCAGCGACCCCCGGCACCUUCGCGCUGCGGCCGGCUGUUUCGGGCUAAUGGGUGUGGUGACGCAUCUGACGCUCGAAUUCCAGCCAAUGACAUAUGCGCUGAUGAAGCCCGAGAAGCUGCCGGUGCUACGUGCAGUCCCGCCACCCUCCGAUAUGAAGGAGGAGGACAUCCCGCCGGUGCUACGCAUCCCUGGCCUGACACCGGCCCAGCGGGAGGAGGACCUGCGCCGAUUCAGAGAGUCGGCUACCAACGCAUACUACUCUGAAUGGUUCUGGUUCCCGUACUCGGACAAGUGCUGGGUCAAUUGCUGGAAUGACACGCCGGACGCCUCUGGCACCGAGGACUACCCUAGCAACCUGCAGACCUUCAUCAUGUUCCUUUCGCAGUUUACCGUGAACGUCCUGCAGAAUGCAAAGAUUCUCACCGAGCUUAUCACAGCGUUGCACCUGGACGAGGCCGCAGUGACGCUCAUCUCAGAGGCUGCCAUGUUUGCCAUGCCGGCGUGGGACGAGCCGGUCAAGACAUACCUGACCGACGCGCUGCACUUCCAGCGCGGCAUCCAGAACGUCCGCGUGCUGAACUUGGAGGUCGAGAUGCCUCUGCAGCCAAAGGUCGAUAACCCCAAUGAAAUCGACUACGAAUUUGUCCAGCGGGCGUGGUGGGACGCCAUCUUGCAGUGCUAUCGACACAGCAAGACGGCGCCGCAGCGCAUGCCGCUCGAGAUGCGCAUCAUGGGCGGCAGCGAGAUUGUCAUGGCCCCGCAACGGGGUAACAAGCUUGGAACGUGUGCCAUCGAGAUACUGACGCUGAAGUCGGCAGAGGAGCUGUGGAUUCCGUACGUCGAAGGGAUUCUCUCGAAAUGGUUGUCGUACACGGAUGCGAACGGCAAGAAAUUGAGGACACGGCCGCACAUGGCGAAGCAGUGGAAGGGCAUCAGGGUUGAUGGAAGACCAUGGGUCGAGAAGAUGAAGAAUGAGGACUACGCCGAGGAGCGGCGCGAAUUCAAGGCGCUGCUGAGUGAGAUUGGCAGGCAGCACGGGUGGACACUGCAAGAUUUGAAGAAGCGCUUUUCGAACGAUUUCUUUGACGAUUUCUUUUUCGACGACAUUUAG